AUGUCUGCCCGCUCUGCUGCUCGUGCUAUCAACCUCGCCGCCCGCCAGGCUGCACCCAAGGCCGCGCGCGCCUACUCGCUCGUCGCAGCCCGCCGCGCCCUCCCCGCCGCACCCAAGGCCACCCGCGGUGUCAAGACUCUCGACUUUGCUGGAACCAAGGAGACCGUCUACGAGCGCGCCGACUGGCCCCUCCCAAAGCUCCAGGAGUACUUCAAGAACGACACGCUCGCCCUCAUCGGCUACGGCUCGCAGGGACACGGACAGGGCCUCAACGCCCGCGACAACGGAUUGAACGUGAUCGUUGGUGUCCGUGAGGGCGGAGAGUCGUGGAAGCAGGCCCAGGAGGACGGAUGGGUCCCUGGCAAGAACCUGUUCCCGAUUGAUGAGGCUAUCAAGAAGGGCAGCAUCAUCAUGAACUUGCUCAGUGAUGCUGCCCAGUCUCAGACGUGGAAGGACAUCAAGCCUCUCAUCACCGAGGGCAAGACGCUCUACUUCUCGCACGGCUUCUCGCUCGUCUACUCGAAGGACACGGGCGUCGAGGCCCCCUCGAACGUCGACGUCAUCCUCUGCGCGCCCAAGGGUUCCGGCCGCACCGUCCGCACGCUCUUCAAGGAGGGCCGCGGCAUCAACGCCUCGAUCGCCGUCUGGCAGGACGUCACCGGCAAGGCGAUGGAGAAGGCUCGCGCCCUUGCGGUUGCCGUCGGAACGGGUUACGCCUACGAGACGACCUUUGAGAAGGAGGUCUACUCGGACCUUUACGGAGAGCGUGGUGUCUUGAUGGGUGGCAUCCAGGGCAUGUUCCUCGCCCAGUACAAGGUCCUCCGCGAGAACGGCCACAGCCCGUCCGAAGCCUUCAACGAGACGGUCGAGGAGGCGACCCAGUCCCUCUUCCCCCUCAUCGGCCAGUACGGCAUGGACUACAUGUACAACGCCUGCUCGACCACCGCUCGCCGCGGCGCGCUCGACUGGGCGCCUAUUUUUGAGGCCGCCAACAAGCCCGUGUUUGAGAAGUUGUACAAGUCGGUUCGGGACGGCACCG